GUACAUAGGUGCUGCGGCUGGUUUGGUUUAUGUAUGUGCACUGCAGGUAUGGAACUGCAUUGAAGGAUGUGCAGGAGCAGGGAAACAAGUGCUGUAAGUAGAGCGGCGGGAGGGAGCUGUAAUUAAUUAAGCAUACGUGCGGCGGCAAGAAGAGAAUAAGAGCAUCCUCACACUCGUACUUCUGUGUAUGUAUCAGGCGACAAUUACGAACAGAUUUCGGCAAAAGAAGUCCCAGUGUGAGCAAUGCUCUAAGUGUGUAAGUACUUAAGGGCUUCAGAGGUGUAUAGGCUUUGGCAUGCACGUCACGUUGUUGCAUGGACAUCCAUCUACAUUGGCAUGACGGCUGUGGGGGUUUCGCUGUAUCGACAUUGAUCAGAUUCACACCGAAACCUCGGUGUUGGCUCGGGGCACAUGCUCGGAAUCCUUUGACAAGAGCUUGAAAAGAAUAAAGUGUACAAUUAAUAUCCGUCUGCUUUCACUGUUACCAAAACAAGUUUUUCACUUUUUUGCCUUGUUAUCGAGAGAGGUGUUGCAAAUAUUGAUCUGAUCUGCUUGCACCCGUGCGCAAGGAUGCACACCAUCACCAGCCCACAAUCUAUGAAGUACUGCUACGCAGCUGCAUUUGCUUCUCAGGGGAAGGGGACAAAAUGUUUUUCCACCUCCCAUGCCGGGGCACACAGCUCCUGUGUGCAGACUUGCACUGCAGGGCAGUGUGCAUUUUCGAUCGCGAGGGAUCACCGCCAGAUCUUAUCGGUAGUCUGUGAAGGUUUCAGGGUACCUUUGUGUUUCAGGGCGCCUUUGAAUCUUUCUGACCCCCAUCACCAGGCCGGUAUCAGGUUGGAAGUGCGAGCGACGUCAUUGUUGCUUCCAUCGUCGUCUCGGACAUCACGCUCCUGGAAAACGUCCCGGAACCAGAACUUGGAUUGUCAUUCGAGUCCACGGCUUGUGAGAAGAGCACGGCAGUCAGUCUGCACCAAGGUGGGAAGGUUUCUGACUGGAUCCAUAGUGUUUCCCAGUGCUAGGCUGCACCUGCAUGGCUUCAGACAACCGAGGAGCGAUGUUGGAGGGAACAGCUACCCUCAUCAUAUGGAAGAGUGGGCAGGGAGCACCCCCGAGGGGGAAAGGUAUAAGGAAUACCAUCAAGAAGCACUUGAGACAAUAUGGAAAGGGCAGAUGCAGCAAGCAGAGGGAGUGAGGCGUGUACUAGAGACGGGGUGGAAAGUUACAGAUGAGGAUUCACAAUCAUCUCAUGUCUCUCUUGAUGGAAGCGGCAGCCAGCAGACGCGCAGAGAAGGUGAAGAGCCGGAGCACCGGUCUAACAGUUGUAAUGCUUUUGAAAACCCUUUGGAUGCUUUUGAAAACCCUCUGGAAGAGAAUUGGUGGCCGUACAAGAUGGAAAGGCCAAGUCCUUCUGCGAAUGACAAGGAGAAUGAUGAGGUCCCAGAUUGCUCGCCAGAAGUGUUGAAUGAGGGAGAAGAGAGGAGAGGAAUAGCACGCCCCUUGGUCGAGUCGAUUCCGUACUCGGUAACCGGGGAUCCGGGCCGAAAACCUCGAGGAGUCCUGAGAAAGGAGCCGACCGGAUGGCUACCUGGUGAUCCUGACAUCCGCAGUACUGCUAGAGCAAGUGGGCUGUUGGGCAGAUCAGCCUUGAGCGUAAUUGGUCGGGAUUCCAUAGGAGACACAAGGAGCAGCAGCAGAGGUUCAUUGACUGAGGAUGAGGAUCGGCGAGGGGCAGCCGCUCUCGAUGCGAUCCUCGAGAGGAUUCGUGCGUCUGGAAUCAUUGCUUGUGUGAAAGCAGAUGACAGUGAUGUGGCACUUCAAGCGGCACGUGCAGCUCUUGAUGCAUCUGUUUCUGUGCUGGAAAUUCCCCUCACAACUCCUGCUGCAGAUGAAAUCAUUCAUACUCUGGUAGCUGAAUAUCCUAAUGCUUUGAUUGGUGCGGGGACAGUUCUCGGCAUGUUGGAUGCUGCUUCAGUCAUUAAAGCGGGUGCGAAGUUCCUCAUGAGUCCUGGGAUGGAUGAACAUCUGGUUGGAUGGCUGAAGGAGGGGCCUGCGCUACUGAUUCCGGGUGCCAUGACUCCCACGGAGCUCAUGAAUGCCACCAGGAGCGGAGCUCGAGCUGUGAAGGUCUUCCCUGUCACAGCGGUUGGAGGGGUGAACUUUGUUAAAGCGAUGUGUAGGCCAUUUGGCAAAGUGCCCUUAAUCCCUGCUCAUGGCAUAACAGUAAGCAUGAUAGAGCCAUACGUCACUGCUGGGGCUGUAGCUGUCGUCUUGUCCGAUGCGAUCUUCGACCGGGCAGCCAUGAUGGCAGGGGACUUUGCAGAAAUCUCAAAAAGGGCAGCUUCAGCUGCAGAGGAGGGAAGACGUGCAGUUCGCCUCCGAGCACAGAUUGGAGAGUAAAACUUAUGGUACCUGUCAGCUGCACACGCGCCGUUUCGUUCGCUACACAACUUGAGGGCAAGCAAUCAUUAUGGCAGUAGUGCCAGUGGCAAGCAUCACUGAAGAGUGGGACAGCUGAUUGACAACGCGGAAAGUUUCUGCUGUUUUUCUGACAAAUGGUGGAGAAGAGGAUUCGUAGCUAACCACCGUGGGCAGCCCGCCAAGCACCGGAUGGGCCUGUUCUUCUGUGUUUGAAUGUACAUCCGGUCAUUUUUGAGACAAUUGCCCAGCUAGAUGCCUGCAGAAGACAGCAACGGAACUGUGGAAAUACUGGCCUCAGUUCCAAUCCCGUCGAAGGAGAUGUCCAGAAUGAAAUAUUUCUUGGGAAAAAUAUAUAUAUUGCCUGCAGCAGAAGGGUCUCUCUGCCUUCGCUGCCUGUGAUGCCGGAGAAUUGUGGCAGAGUAGACAACAGAUAAGACUUCACCUCAUCAGAUGACUGCCAACUUGCCAAGUUGUGGUCUUGGUUGCGCAGCUGAAGAACCGGCAGGGUCUGUGAAAAUUGGUGACAGCGGGUAAUGCAAGUGAAGAAAAAGGACAGGUUGUGGACUGCAGAGUCGUCCAUGGGCAUUCCUCGGCUCAUCGUGCUGUGCAUUGAACGAAUGCUGCUGUUACCCCACCAGUACUUGGCCCAUACAUCGGCCGCGGGGUUUCCCGUUCCCACGCCGCAAACCGAUGGGCUUCGGGCUGCUGGAGCACAAUGGCUGGAGGCGCCAGCCAAAAGAAAAACGAAACGACGUGGUGGUGGCUUGGCAAAACUUGGCGUGGCGGGGUUUUCGCGGCUUGGCAUCAAUAGCUGGGGCAAGUACUGGUGGUUGAAGUGCGUUGCUGAUCUGUGUAUAUGCUUGGCAGUCUAGGGUGCAGCGUGUAAUUGAAGAAAAAGGACAGGGUGUGGACCGCAGAGUCGUCCAGGGGCAUUCCUUGGCUCAUCGUGCCGUGCGUUGAACGAAUGCUGCUGCCAAGUGCGUUGCUGAUGUGUAUAGGCUGGCUUCUGUUGCUGUUUAUCCGCAGUCGAUGCCAUGUAUUAUUUGCGAUGCCCUUGGUUUGCCUGGGUGGUAGGCUGACUUUUUUUUUUUUUUUUUUUUUUUUUUUUUUUUUUUUUUUUUCCCCUUCUUCUUUUAGGCUUUUUGCCAACAUAAGCAGUUCUAUCGGUUUCAUUCCAUGUUGUUCCAGAUCGUCUUUUUCCUUUUUUUGUUAAAGGAAAAACAGCUGAUGCUUUUCUAAUGACAAUGCUUGGUCAUAUCCCCCCUGCUUGUCACGAGA